GCACUUCCGCCAACGUGGUAUCACCUAACUGUUUCAAAACGGUGAUACGAUGGCAAUCCUUAACAUUUUAAGAAGCAACUGGUUUAUAAUAGGAAUUGUUCUUGUUAUCAUACUUGCCAAAUUUGAGCCAGGCAUUGGUUCAAAAGGGGGUAUUCUCAAACCUGAGAUUACAGUAAAGUACUUCGCCGUGUUCAUAAUUUUCUUCAAUAGUGGCUUGUCAUUGAAAACAGAGGAGUUCACCAAGGCAAUUUUCCAAGUGAAGAUUCAUAUAUUCAUACAAGGCUUCACAUUCAUUAUAUUUCCACUGUUGAUGCAGACUAUGGCCAUAUUACUAUCACCAGGCCCGUUUGACAGACACCUGAUAGAAGGUUUGAAAGUGCUUGGCUGCAUGCCUCCUCCAGUCUCCUCAGCUGUAAUACUGACUAAAGCAGCUGUAGGAAAUGAGGCUGCAGCUAUUUUUAACUCUGCGUUUGGAAGUUUUUUGGGUAUCUUCAUGACACCUUCCCUCAUAUUGAUGGUGGUGGGAUCUCAGGCAGACGUACCCAUCACAACAAUCAUAGUCCAGUUGUGUCUGACAGUUGUUGUACCACUUGUGACUGGACAGGUCGUACGGCAUUUUGUUAGAGUCUGGUUGGACAGGACACAUAUACCCUUUGGUAGUAUAGGAAGUGGAAUUCUAUUGGUUAUUAUAUACACAACCUUCUGUGAUACAUUUUCUCAUCAAGAUGUCAACUUAGACGCCAUCAACCUCAUGUCCAUCAUCCUUUUCAUUGUAAUAAUUCAGUCCAUUUUAUUGACACUUAUAUUUGCUGUCUCCACCUGGAAGGUGACAGGAUUCCAGUCAGCGGACUGCCCUGCCCUCAUGUUUUGUGCCACACACAAGUCAUUAACACUGGGUAUCCCUAUAAUAAAGAUAAUCUUCAGUGGUGACCCGACCAUGUCUGUGAUAACUAUCCCACUCCUGGUGUACCAUCCAACACAGAUUUUAAUUGGCAGCCUCAUUGUCCCAUUCCUUAGAGGCUGGCUUUUAACUCAGAGAAAACACAGAAAUAGCAUUACCAGGAAUGUUUGACCUGAUACCACACAGAAACACAACGGGAGAGUUCAUCACUACAGCGUCUGACAGUUCCAGUGUGAUCAGUAUUAAUACAUGUGUGUAGGGCCUGUUAACUGUAUUAGUAAAGGAAGGCUCUACAGUAAAUCAGAGCCAUGCCAGUUUAGUAUUGGACACUGAUGGUAUGGCAAUGAAUACAAGGAAUCCUAAGGAAACAAAUGAAAUCCAAGAUACAGCUCCUGUCAGCCCUGCUGAAAUUUAUCUACUCUGAAUCCGAGUGGGUAACUGACACUAUAUUGUAUGUACAGAAAACCUUCUGUAGGAUGCUCAAAGAAUCUCUAUCAAUAUCAUGUUGUCUGAUCAAGAACAAUACAGUCUACAAUGACAUGAGGUUAUAUGGGGCUGAAGGUGGGAUAAUGAAUGGGGAGUCUACAAUGACGUGAGGUUAUAUGGGGCUGAAGGUGGGAUAAUGAAUGGGGAGUCUACAAUGACGUGAGGUUAUAUGGGGCUGAAGGUGGGAUAAUGAAUGGGGAGUCUACAAUGACGUGAGGUUAUAUGGGGCUGAAGGGUGGGAUAAUGAAUGGGGAGUCUACAAUGACGUGAGGUUAUAUGGGGC